AUGGCCGAAGCCGAACCGAAACGGAACCACCGCCCCCCAAGAAAGCACGGUAGUGUCAACGCUUAUCUUAUCAAGAAAACCGUAUCCCAAGGUCUCUUGGAUGUUGCAUUGCUGACAUCCAACGCAGCAUUGCUUAGAGUAAUCAUCCUGGCCGGGUCAGAUGCAAUACACUUUUAUUAUUUCUUGGUAACCUUGCUUUCUUUGUCAAUUAUUCUCCAAAUAGUUGCGGCAAUGUUAUUAUUCUUGCGAACAAGGGUAGACUGGGAGGAGGACGACGAACGAGACAGAGCGAAUUGCAUGAACGACUGGGCGACACUGACAGUGCUCGUCAUCACAAUAAUCAACAUUAUUAUCGGUGGAUUCACAUCCGAUUUUAAUCCAGGUAGCGUGGUUACAAAAAACUCACCCGAGCCUGCGACAAACAAUAAAACUGUUCAACAGUUGUUAGAACUUCUGUCGUCCAAAUGA